AUGAAUUUUGAAUUUUCGUGUUUCCUAAAUAAUGUAAGCGGAAAAUAGCCUAAUUCUGAUCAGAAAAACAAGGUUGUUUUUCAGAUCAUUUUUAUUCUAAUAACAAUUUCAACAUUGUUUGUGUGUAAGAAAAAUCCGGCAUUUGAGAGUGACGCAAAAGUUGCGCUUGUCAAACCGUCGUCGAGCUCGAAACAAAAAGCACCGCCACUUGGAGCAACGUCGCCGAACUGCGUGUGAGUUUUUUAUUGGAAAUUUGAGAAAGCUAGGCAUUUUUCUAUAAAAACUGCUAGAAACAUUGAUAAAUUUAAAUUUCCCCCCAAAAAUCGACUUGAAAAGAGAGUGCAGAGAAAUCGCGUCAAGACCAAAUGUGCACCAGGUAAUGUCGUACUGUAGCACUGGUUUCAGCUGUGUUUCUAGCGUAUUUUCCCUCUCAAACUUUCGAAUGGCAAAAUUUAAAAAAAUAUGAAUUUUUUUUGGAAAUGAAAAACGUGUUUGCAAUACGGUAUGCAGCGAGUGUUUGCAGACAGACACCGAAUUUGACGCGCAAUUAUUUUUUAAAAUGUUUUCCAGACCUCCACCGAAAAAUGUGCCGAUUUCGCCAGCCGUGAAAGAAGAGGACACCUUAGCGUAAGUCCCCAUAUUUUUUUUCGAUCCCCAGAAAGUUCCAAAAUCCAAAUUUUUUGCAGGGAAGUCAAAUCACUAAAAUCAGACAAGGAAAAAAUUCGACAAUCUGCCCGCAAAUAA